AUGGAGAAAGCGGAAGGAAGAAAUGAAAACCUGAUCAUGGAAUUCAUCCUCUUAGGAUUUUGGAAUGCCCCCGAACUGCAGACCCUUCUCCUCCUGUUGUUUCUAGUAAUCGACAUUGUGACUAUGGUCGGGAACAUCCUCAUCAUUAUCCUAGUUGUGGCUGAUCAGCACCUUAGAAUCCCUCCUUAUUUCUUUUGGCCCAAUCCUCUAAUUUGUCUAGGGCCCUCUCCUCUCUGCUGUUCGCUGCUCAGGCUGCUGGCCAGUCUCCUGACUGGGGAUGGAACCAUUUCUGUUAAGAGUUGCCUUGUGCAAACAUAUUUUUUUGCUAUCAUAGCAAUGACAGAAAAUCUGCUGCUCUGGGCAAUGUCUUAUGAUCGGUAUUUAGCAAUAUGCAAUCCACUCCGCUAUGCUGCUCUGAUGAAUGGCAUGUCCUGGGUAUAUAGUUUUCUGGUCAAUGGCACACUAAAUUAUUUCUUGUUCCCAUUAACAUUCUGUGGUUCUAAAGAAAUUGACCAUUUCUUUUGUGAUUUUUCACCCAUGAUAAAGCUGUCUUGUGGUGACACCCAGACUCUGCAACUGGCGACAUUUACUGUCUCUACCAUUGGGACACUUGUGCCUUUGCUACUGACCCUGACAUCCUACAUUUAUAUCAUCACCACCAUGCUGAGAAUCCCUUCCACCACAGGGAGACAAAAGGCCUUUUCCACCUGCUCCUCCCACCUCACUGUGGUGACAAUUUUAUACAUGAGCAUGAUUACUGUCUAUGUGUUUCCAACAAGCAACACUCCCAAGGUCCUACACAAAAUAUUCCCUCUCUUCUACACAGUCCUGACUCCCGUGAUCAACCCUGUUAUCUACAGCCUGAGAAACAAGGAGGUCAAAAAGUCCCUGAGAAAAACUAUUCUGAAACAGGUUGCUUUCAGAAACAGGCAUAGAAGUGUAAAGGAAAAAAUUUAGCCUAUAGUAAAAUAGAGAUGAACUGAUACAGUUUCUUAGACAUGGCCCAUUUCAUUCCUUCAGAAAAGGGUUACCUCUUAUUGACCU